GAAUUAGAAUAAUUUCCUUAAUACGUAAAAGAAAAAGACAACGUUGCUUUUGGUGUAAGAAAAUUUUUUUAUUGACACUCUCUCCGCAGUUAACGCUUACGAAGUCGAAGAAGAAAGAGUCUCCUCUUUCCAGAUUUUGUUAUUAUAUCCGCUCUUCUCUUGCAAUCAAUCUCUUUCUCGAGUUUCUGCUCUAGAAAUUUUCUGGCAAUUUGAAGAUCUUGUGGGUCAUAACUAACUCAUAAGUAGGAGAGCUUUGCAAUCAUCAACGCUCUUUUUCACUGAAGAACAUAUGGCAGAAAAUGUUAAAGAGCGUGAAGAUGGAAAUGCAGAGCUGGUGAAUACCAUGGGUGAUAAUAAACAUGCUAGUCUCAUGACACCAGCUGCUAUAUAUUAUUACUCUGCUAUUAAAGAUGCUAUGGUUUGUGGAAAAGGAACAUAUACUCUUGUAAAAGACGUGGACGAUGUGGAAAAUGGAGCCUAUGAUAAACCUCUUCCAUGCUUUGGUUGCGGAAUUGGAUGGUUCUCCUUUCUCCUGGGUUUUGUGUUCCCAUUCUUGUGGUACUAUUCGACGUGUCUCUAUUUCGGGAACAACUACCGCAAGGAUCCUAGAGAAAGAGCCGGACUUGCUGCUUCUGCAAUCACUGCUAUGGGAUUCUCCCUCUUGCUAAUGGUGAUUUUUGCUUUCAAGUGGUUUUAAUUUGAGAUAUAUAUUUGUAUAAUCUUUGGUCCCCUUCUUGUCAAAAAGGAUAUAGAGGAUGGACUUAGAUAUGUUUGUGUCUGUACAUUCAAUAUAAAUACUAUAUACCUCAUAUUUUCUCA